GACGGCACACCACAAAGUCAUGCCAACCUCACACUGUUAGGACUAAGAUUCACCUGCUCAACUGCAUCACUUUAUAUAAUAGAAUACCAGGCCUUUCUCAAGGCCAACUUUUAUGAUUAUAUAAUUGGGUUCCUUCUCACGUGCGAUGAACUCUCCUUGGGCUGCUGCUGGGGAGCGUCCCCUGUUUUGCAUCCCUUGAGAUUGCUUUCUUCACCAUCCAUUUUUCUCGUUUGCAGACAAUCUUCAAUGUGUCAAAUGACUGGAGAGAACAGGAAGAUGGAAGUGCGCAAAAUUCCUGGGUUCUACUAUGACCCGGAUAAGAAAAGAUAUUUUAAGCUUCAGGAAAAUUACCAAGUUCCCCAAGGCUCCAGAUACUCGAGAGGGGAGGUUAGCAAGCGGGAAGAGUCUGUAGCGAAACGAAAGAAGGUUGAGUCGUUUGAAGAACGUCUGGCCUCGGAGAGGAUCACACCCUCAAGAAUUCUCCAUCAUCCUCUUUUCGGGAACUUGGGGCUCCAACGAGAGAUCGGACAGCAUGGACCACGUGCAAAUGCUUCUAUCCGCGACCGUAGCGAGGCCUGCGUUGGUCUUCUUGGGCGCAACACCCUCGUCGACGUUCGCUCUUGGAAUGCCGGGCUGACAGUGAAAAACGUGGAGAGAGACCCUCGUACAGCACGGCUUUUUACAACUCUAAAUGUAGCUGGUCCUUCUGGAUUUUGUGCUUUCCCUCCUCGAUCUCCAGAAUAUCCAUGGAGAUACGACCCUACAGACCACUGCCAUGAUUUUAUGGGCAGGCGUGAUGACUAUAUUGAAUCGAUUUCAAUUUCUCAUGCCGGACAUAUGAUGGCACUAUCUCAUAACCUUAUGGGCUUAAGCGUCAAUCUGACAAUUGGAAAGCUGCUGACGACGAAUGAUCCUGACUUUCGCCGAGGGGAGACGUUCGACGGACCUUUGGUUUGUGUUAGCCGUCCCGGAUGGUCGAACUGCAACAUUGCCCCUUCGCCGGAUACUGCUACUACUACGUUCACAGUGGGUUGUGGUAUGGACUUGAUUACUGUUUCCAACAACGAGAGUCAGUGGAUACUUGCCACAGCUAAGAAGUUCACAUCGCCUAUUCGAUCUGUCGACUGGCUCAGUCGAAAUGUGAUUAUUGCGGGUGCGACUAGUUCAAAGGUGUGGCUUUACGAUGUUAGAAGUCAAGGCUCAGUCGCCAGGCUCCAGCAUGCACAUGGCGUACAGUCUCUUAGAAAGCUAGACGACUGGAGGAUUGUCGUUGCUGGGGCGAAUCUUACACUGAGCAUGUACGAUCUUCGAUUCGCGUCUCACCGCACAGAUGACCGCCCUCGGCCUAAUAACCCGAGUCAUAAAGCGACUACACCCUAUCUGAACUUUCACGAUGUGCAGUGCAAUAUCUUUAAUAAUAUAGAUGUCUGUCCGGAACUGGGUCUUCUCGCUUGUUCAUCCGAACAACGAACUGUCCAGCUCUACUCGCUUGCCACGGGUAAGAGGCUCACACCUGACCGGGACUCGAGAUCAACUAGAGCCAUCCGUCAUUCACUUUUAGGAUAUAACUGUCCGGAAAACCUUGCAUCAUAUCAAUAUCCAGGACCGAUCUCUCUCGUGAAAUUCGACAAUUUGCCGGACCGCCUCGAUUUACUUAAAGAUUACGAGGAUGAUGAACGGGAUUUCAGCAAGGGAGGGGGCGCAGGAAUACCGAGCCUUUUGGUUGCUUCUGGGAGUGCCGUGGACGAGUGGCAUUUGUGAAGCGGGUCAUGCUCGAUUUUGUUACCUCCGUAUCGCCUUUUCUUCUUGGGUGUAGCCGGCGUUUUGACUUGGAACUUUAGGGCUAAUGAACAAGGAUAAAACCAUGGCGUAGUAUGGCUAGGCACAGGCCUUGGGUGCUCUUAGAUCGAAGGAUGAUCUUGGGUGACCACUGUUGUUACUUGAUAUGUCUGUACAUGUAUGAGUGAUACCCCAGUUUGCUGGAAAGUCUUUUUUACGGGGAAAUAAAUACCUAAAUGGAUUGGAUUUCAAUCGAUCUGCCUACG